AUGUCUAUAACAGCCAGGCGGCUGCUAGUGCUGACAACACGCGCCAAUACAAACUCAGACACCGAUGCGCUCAAGGAUACCCGGCUGGGCGCAGGCAAAGCGAUCCAAUCAAAUCCUCAAGACACCACACAAUGUAAACCAGAGCCGAAUCAGCAGCUGCAUCCUUGCUUGCAGGCAUCUGCCUGCGUGGAUAAUCUUGUCACUGAUGCGGCCGUGUUAAGAGUUCUUGAAAAAGUGCUUGAAACAUCCCAAUGCAUUCAUAGAGAGUCAACGCAGCCUUCUCUCUCUAGGAUGCUUAAGGGACAUCGCAAAGGUCUCACCAAAGAAUGCGAGAGACUGUAUAAAAAGGGCUGGAUGAUACCAGAGGAGUUGGCUCAGGCUGUGGUUGCUAUCAAGGCUAAAGUGCGGUCACUCCCGGCCAAACGCGACAACCGCAAGGCCGCAAAUGAGUUCAUCGCAUUCAUGGACCUGUCCGAAGCGAGUGCAGUACUCGAGCAAACUGCGAAUGAGGUGCAAAGCACAGCAGGAUCCAGCGAUGAGACAAAGUCACCCGAGCUGUGGGACUUUGUAUGGAUACAUCGUGGCUCACUGCCCUCCCCAAUGUCUGACGAAGGUAGGAGCAUGUAUACGGCCAUCAAGAGUACUAUAGGUGAGCGCAACGGGCGAGUGGUUUUGGUGCAACUGGAGUGUGCUGCAGGGUCAGCCCCGCUGGUGGUCUGUAGUCCUCAGUUACCCGCACUGGGCCAGGGACAGACUGAGAAGGCACAGCCGUGUGGGUUGGAGAACAGUGCAUGCAAAGACACAGGCAACCACAUGGGCGCCUGCAUGGGUGUGGGCACAAGCGCAGGCCUCGAUCAGAACCCAGGUGCAGCUACAGGUGCAAGUAGGGUGGUGAAAGUGGAAGGUGUUGUACACGCCCUGGGUGAUAUGGACAAGAGUGAUAAGGAGAAUGUGGAGGAGGCCAAUAUCCGAGGGUGUGCUACUGCUGUAGAUGCUGGUGGGAGAGGCCGACACGCACAGGGUGAUCUGAAACACGGCUCGGUAUUGGUGGCGAAAGACACACAGCAGCACAAGUGCUAUAUCUCGCCUGCCGUGGCUUGCGACGCCAGUGUCUGGGGCAUGUUGCUGAACGCGUAUGUGUUCUCUGAGAAAGUCCCCUGCAAAGACACAAGAGAUGUGCUGGGCGUGUCUAAAAAUAGCACACCCUCGGCAUCUCGGUUAACCUCCAGGAACAACACACCGGCAGCCACACCCCAGGGCACUCCCGCUGCAUCACCCCGAGGCUCGCCAUCAGUCCCAGAGCCAGAUCACGCAACCACACCGUACACGUGGUCGCAGACAAACACAGUCGCACGCCGGCAGAGCUUGGUUCGCUGCUACUUCACGACACCACAUGCUACCACCCCCCGACGCGGUCGUACACCGGCAGUCCAUGGGUCCACAGACUGUGGUAACAAACGUGCCUGGAGCGAGCUAAAAAUAGAACCAUGUGCACACACUAGCACAGAUGAAAGUGCCGUGAAACUCAAAGCUCAGAAGACCACGAGUACGGGCCGACCCAUGUCCGGUGCGACGAAGUUAACCCCUGGCUCAGGCAUACCCAAGAUCAUCCGAUCAAAGCUCACACCCAAGGCACAGGCGUCCAUAUCCCACGCACCGUUGCCGUCGCUGACUAUGACCCAACGGGCCAAGUUAAAAGACCUCGAGGCCCGCAUGCAACGGUUCCUGGCACAGACCCCUUUGGGGUGCAGGGGACGACAGAUACUGGCACUCCUGGUCAUACCCCCAGAGAUACGCGGCUGUAGGGGUGGGGAUAUGGGUAUGAGUGUGGGUAGGGAUAUGGGUAAGGGAGUGGGUAGGGGAGUGGGUAGGAGAGUGGGUAAUGGUGUGGGUAAGGGUGUGGGUAGGGGUGUGGGUGGCUUUAAGCUGGGUGAGGGUGGUGGUAGGAAAGGACCUAACACUGUGCACCCACAGACUGCCCCACAGACUGCAGAUGCACCCCCUAAAGCGCCGAGAGCUGGUGGGAGGGGUACUGUUUACGCACAGUUAGUAAGCACGAAGGCAGCCAAGCCAGACAAACCCAGGCCGGUGCUCGGGAAAAUCAGCAGCAACAUUAGUCAUGGCACGGCUGGGAACCAGGGUUUGGAUAGGCAUAAAACCCUACCCCCGAAAAACCCUAGGGCCCUGAACCCCCUGGCGGCGGUGCACGAGGCAAAGCGGUACUCGGCGCAUGACGCAGACAGUGUGGGCGUAACGCUGGUGCCAUCGGAUGUGGACGAGAACGGUAAUGUGUGUACGCAGUCACGUGACCGCAAAGGAGACAUGGCACGGAAUAAGGCCAGCGGUGGGAACACAUAUACGUACUCGAAUACGUACUCGAAUACGACUAACCCCGCCAGCACGUACAAUACGUCUAUCCCAGCACCUACCCAGACCCAGCCGCACAACCCGACUGCCGCGACAGGAACCCAGACCCAACCCAAGCCCAACACUACCCCCCAAACACGUGCACACGAGGGGGUGUUACUGGAGGUGUACUCGUCCUUGGAUAUGUUGGACGUGGUAGGUACACAGUUGGAUAGCUGGUUGACCGCAGACUGUUACGAGGCCAUGUGGCCUGCUACCAAUACCACGCUGACCGCCCAGUGGCUGCAAGACUUGGUGGACUCUGGAGCCAAAAUGGGUAUGAAAGGAAUGGACACCCCUUGGAUUGGUCUUCUCGCUCGGGAAAGGAUUGUGGAAAUUGCAAAUGGUUGGGAUCCCGCAUUCGAACCGGACCAUACCAAUGCAGCAACAACCAAAGAUGUCACCGUCCAGCCCCACGGAGACGAGUCUGUGGCACAAAGACGCACCUACACCGGGAAGACCUGUCUGAUCUACGCCGCACCAGACAAGCGAUUGCUUGUGCACGUCCUCAAGCCUCCCCUGACUGAGGAUGACAAAGGUAGUACCGAGGUUAAACCUAUCGAUUCGGGGCAAACAGACGACUGCGUCGCUCUCGGGACACAGCAAACGAAGUUCGCUGUCGGCACGAUCACUGCACACAUACAACAGAGCGCUUGCGGAACUACAGGCAGAGCAGAUUAG